UCUCCCAGAACCUCAGCCAGCCAACCACUGCUGUGAGGAGCCGUUUGGUCACAGUGAGGAGGAUCAAAGGUCACCACAGGUCACUGUCCCAGUCUGUACACCCAGCACCCCUCUGCCCCCCUCACCACCAGCACAGGUCAGGGAGAAGACCCCCCAGCUGUUUACUCYGACCAAACUGAGCUUCACAUCGUCCCAGUCCAGAGGCACCAGCAUGGACCUGUCGGACCUGCCCACCUUCACCCCCACCUCCUUCCCUCCCAGCGCCUUCAACUACGAGCGGCCGAGGCAUUUCAUCCAGUCACAGCCGGCUUUCCAGGCGCCCAGCUAUGAGAGCGUGCUGAAGGAGGCCCAGCAGAACCAGAACCACCAGCUGGUUCUCAGCCCCAGUAGUCCCAGUGCUCCAGAGACUCCGAGCCACGCUGGAACCUCACAGACUCAGGCCUUUUCUCAAACCCAGUCUGUGUCACAGACACAGUCACAGGUUCAGUCUCUGAGCCUCAUUCAGAACCAGACCAGGUCCGUGAGCCAGUCUCAGGUCCAGAACCAGGCCAACGGAACCGCCAAGUCCUCCCCUUCAUCAUCCAGCCUCAACUCUCCUACUUGUGUCUCAGUGUCCUCUGCUGAGGCUCCUCUGUCCUCCUCUGUGUGUUUACUCCCUCCCUCCUCCUCCUCCUCCUCCUCCUCUCUGCCCCGCACCACCAUGCGCUCCACCAUCACCCUCACCCCCAAAGUUCCCAGUGCCACAGGUCUGGGCAGCGCCACCCUGCCAGCCAACCAGGACCCCCUGUCAGCCUCAGCUGCCUACCUCUGCUCCGUGCUGCCCUCCUCCUCCUCCUCCUCCCUGUUCUCCUCCAAACUAUCUCCCAACUGCAGCGUCCCCCACCAGCCCACCACCUCCCCAUCCUGCUCCCCAUGUGCCCCCUCCAGCCCCCUCCUCCCUGUGAAGGCCUCCUCUCUUCCUCAGCCUCCACUGUCCGUGUCCCCCUCCCUCCCUCGCUCCCCUCUGUCCCCCUCCUCCUCCUCCUCCUCCUCUCUCCCACAGCAGGACACGCCCAACAAUCAGAACAUGGUUCCAGCUGCUGUGGUGUCUCUGCCCGCUGGAUACAAGGGCACAGCCAACACCCUUCCUAAACCCAUACUGAAGAAGUCCGUGGCGCCUCGGCCCUCCUCCUCUCGCUCCGUAGAAGAAGAUAUCCAGGGCUCGAAGGACGCUCUCAUUCAGGACCUGGAGAAGAAGCUUCGCUCUAAAGAAGCCAGAAGAAUACACAGUCAGAAACUUUCUUAUGAGGAGCGAAUGGCUCGCAGGCUUUUGGGUCCAGACAGCGCUACSUGUGUGUUUGGCCAAGAGAAUCUGUCAGACUCUCAGCUUGAGCAGCCAGAUUCUCCUGAAGGUCGACACACAGGUGGACUAUGGGGGAGACACCACUCUGGGACAGAUGAAAGGAGCAGUGAGGGGUCAGCUAUCCAGGAGAAAUGUUACGCUCCUCGCUUCCUUCAGAYACCUGCAGACCUGACAGUGGAGGAGGGACGCUUCUGUAGGAUCGACUUUAAGGUCAGUGGUCUUCCAGCUCCAGACAUCUCUUGGUUCCUGGACGGUAAGGCCAUUCGUCCGGACGACUACCACAAGAUGUUGGUGUGUGAGAAAGGCAUGCACUCGUUCAUCAUAGAGAUCAUCACAGUGCACCAUGCCGGGGUGUACGAGUGUGUGGCCAAAAACCGAGCCGGAGAGAGCAGGUUCACCAUGAGGCUUGAUGUAUUAGCUCAGGAAGCCCUCCGCCCUCCCACCUUCCUGCAGAAGAUGUUGAACACCAGAGCCCUUGAGGGUGACACCAUUAGGUUAGAGUGCAAAGUGGACGCUUCUCCUCCUCCUCAGCUUUUCUGGAAGAAAGAUAAAGACAUGCUGCGUAUCGACCCCAACAGAAUGAGUCUGUACCAGGAUGGUUCUGGUCGGCAGUGUUUGCUGAUAGAGAGGCUGACCAAGUGUGAUGCUGGUUGGUACACGCUCUCUGCCAUUAAUGAAGCUGGAAUGUCUACGUGCAACGCCCGCCUGGAUGUUAGCACUCGUACCAGCCCUGCCAUGAAAACAGCUGCCCCCGGCUCCAAAGCGCUGAAGCUGCUGUCCUCUCUGAGCCACGUUCCUGCUGUGAGGGUGGAGAGCCCCGCCCAGCACACGGCGCCGCUGUACGAGAGCGAAGAGCUGUGACGUCCUGGUUCUGACCGUCACACACGAGCACAGCAUGGCAGCAGGCCAGCACACGGCUCAGACUGGAGCUUUUUACAUUUAUAAAACCAAUCAUUGUCCCCUCAGCCUGUGGAACCCAGAGCUGCCCUUUUUAAAGCUGUUUGGGCUAUUUUUAGAGAAACAAGUCCUAAGUUUUACUGUCAGACUGAAUCUGUUGUUUGUCUCUGUCAGAAUGCAGCUCAUCAGGWAUUAAUAGAAAUGAUCUUGAAGAGGCAGCUGCAGCUCAGCCCCCCCMCACACAAGUGUUAAACAGAAACAUGUUUGCUGCUGCUGUAAUGAAAAGUUUAAACAGAAGUUAGAUUCAGUCAGGUUUUCUUGAGUUCAGCUCCAGGUUCGGUGCAGAGAUGUUUAGUGUCUGAAUCACAAGGAGAAAAUCAUGACUUUGCUCAUUUCAUCCCUGUURAAACAGAUAUCAGGAUGUCAGCCUGCACACACACUCGACUCAUUAUUUAAASUGAUCUGUGCUGCUGCAGGAGCUGCUUUUAUCACAAACUCUGUUCAUGUGCAUGCAAGUGAAAAUCUGAGAUGUAACCAUGGCUUCACUCCUUAAACCUGGACCUGAAGAGAUGAAAACUGCCUUUUAUGGGUUAGACUGAAAUUUUGAAUUGCAAGCAGAAGUGUGUCCUCAAGUACUGUUUGUUGUGUAACAAGUUCUAUAUACUGUAUGACAGGAUGAAUGAGAAAUAAAGUUUAACUUUAACCAUU